AGUCUCGUUUCUGUUUACACAGUAUAUGUGAAGUUGUUUUAUGUAAGAAAAACUGAAAAAUGUCUUCAAAGUUUGCAGGUUUUAGUGAAGAAGAUUUAGAACGAAUUAAGUCCAGUAGUACUGAAACGAACACGGUUCCCUCAUUAAGCGAGACAGCAAUUAAAAAAAUAGAUAGGAUUGGAGCAAAAUCUAGAAGACCAAUAAAUCAGUACAAACUACCAAUUCUACAGACACAAACUUCUGAUGAUGCAAUUGAUAGCAUAGUUUUUGAGAAAUGUAAACUUAGCUUGAAGAGUCCAUCACCUACAGAUGAUAUUAGUUAUGAAGAUGUGAAACUUAGUGAUGAUAAUGAAAUAAAUUAUAAUACUAAUGAAAUAGUUAGUGCUGCUAAUGAUACAGAAAAUGCUGACAUUAAUGACAAUACUGCUGAUAAUAAUAAUGAAGAAGAAGAGGAAAAGGAAACUGCAAUAAAUAUAGAAAAUAUUGACCAUCAGGGAGUACAAGCAUUUAGAAAAGAAAGUACAGAUUUAGGCCCAGAUAUAGUUAGAGGUAUAGGUGACACAGAAAAUGUAUUGGCCGCCCAUAGAGCAAAGUUGCAGGAGUUGCAACUGAAACAGAAGAUAAUGGAAGAACAAAAUAAGAAGAGAAAAGAAAUGUUAGCGAAAGCCCUGGCUGAUAGGACAAAACAAACAGAAGAAGAAGUUGUAAGGUUAGAAAAGAUUAAAAAGGAACUACAAAUAUUGGAUGGGCAAUUCUCUCAAGAUGUCAGUGUGCUAAGGAAAAAAAUUGAUCAGGCUUGUUUAAGUUAUUCAGAAGCAGAGAAACAGUAUUUUAAAAUAGAAAAAGAAUUCUUGCAAGCAAAAAUUAACUUACAAAAGGUAAGAGAGAAAAAGGAACUGCUCACAGAACAUUUAUGUGCCUUAAUUACACACAACGAAACAAGAAAGGCACAGAAACUUGAGACACUGAUGCUUGAACUUGCCAGUGAUAAAACAUCCAACUUGGUUGGCAAUAAAUCUAAUGUUAAUAAUAUUCAGAAUAAUGCAAAUGUUAGAACAAGUGUUUCUGUAGACCCGUGUAGUGAUGAUGAUGAGAAACCAGUAAUAAUAGACGGUGUUGAUCAGAAAUCUGGUAAGAUAGUUGAAUUUAUUUGAGCAGGAAAAAAAUUAAAUAUUAUUAUGCUUUUGAACUGUAAUAGAAAGUUAUGACAAUAAUAAUUAUGAAUACUAACUUUUUCUUAAAAGACUGGAUUUUAAAAACAGUUUUAUUACAAAGUUUAUAAUUAGACUAUUGAUGAGAAUUUAUGCUGUGCCUCAUUUUAAAAUAUUUAGUUAUUU